AUGUCCACUUUGGGCAUGAUGCGUUCGGCCGCGGCCCCGCAUCGUCUGUCUUAUUCCGAUCGAAGCAGCUCUUCCUGUGUGUACGCGGAAUUGGCUCUGAUGGAUCCGUAUUUGAACAGUGUUGUACAACCACGAAAAGAUCUAUCGCGAUCUCCGAAUCACAUUCCCGGCCAGUUUACCGAUACACAAACGGAAUCGUGUGCACCGUCCACUCAUCGACUUAUUCGGGCCGGGAAUCGAACCAGCUACACGAAACGGAAACAGCGGACGCACCGAGAAAUCACAAAUCCACUUUUCGAAACGGAAUUUACUGCAAUGAAAGCGGCCGGAGUGCAUCCAUAUGUGGUCACACUGAUUGGUCGUUGCACAUUUCCAGGCAUUGGUCCGAUGCUCGUGAUUGAGUAUUGUCCGCAUGGCAAUCUACGAGCCCAUUUGCAGUCACUGCGUACAAAUUUGACGCAAAAUCAGGCAGAAACACCGCAAUUCCAGAGACAAUUGCUCACUUACGCCAGUCAGGUGGCCGAGGGGAUGCGAUACUUGGCUUCGCGGAAUAUCAUACACCGCGAUUUGGCUGCACGGAACGUGUUAUUGACUGCCAAAUGGACGUGCAAAAUUUCCGAUUUUGGUCUAUCUAGACAGUUAGAUCCGAACACAGAAUACUAUCUGCGCGAUCGAGGAGCAUUGCCUUUGAAAUGGUUGGCACCGGAAGUGCUUGAAACAAAAAAGUUCUCACAGAAGUCUGACGUGUGA